GGAAGAAGAAGAAGAAGAAGGAAAAAAAAAAAAAACCGUUUACGAGGGAUGGCUCGGCGCCAAGGACAAGGAGUAUUUUUUUUGUUUACUCCGCCGGUAAGAAACUGAAAACACCAACUCAAGCGAACGAGAGAAAACACCGUCAAAACAGCCAUAUAGAUGGACGGAGAACUGCCGCCGGCACCGGCUCCGUUGUCCAUCCAUCCCGCCGUAACACCGCUAUCAUUCUUACUCGGAACAUGGAGAGGCAGAGGCGACGGUGGAUUCCCCACCAUUAAUUCCUUCUCUUACGGCGAGGAACUUCACUUCUCCCAUUCCGGCAAGCCAGUGAUUUCCUACAGUCAAAAGACUUGGAAACUCGAUUCUAAAGAGCCAAUGCACGCUGAGAGUGGAUAUUGGCGUCCCAAGCCCGAUGGUACCAUUGAGGUAGUCAUCGCUCAAAGCACUGGUCUCGUUGAAGUUCAGAAAGGAACAUAUAAUGCAGAAGAGAAAGUGAUAAAGCUCCAAAGUGAACUUGUGGGGAACGCUUCCAAGGUGAAAGAAAUAAGCAGAGUGUUUAAACUGGUGGAUGGAGAACUUUCCUACCUGGUUCAGAUGGCUACUGGCUUAACCAGUCUUCAACCACACUUAAAAGCCUUGCUUACUAAAGUUUGACUCUAAAAAACAAAAUGUUUAAUAAAUCCUUUUAAUUUUCUCUUAAUGGACUGAAGUUAUCUAGAAUACUGAAAUCUACAAUAAAUCUAUAUUGAAUUGGAAUUAGCGUGCAUGAUAUAUAUAUAUAUAUAUAUAGUUCAGCGGUAA